UGAUUCGUUGACUCUUUUCAGAUAAAUUACUUGGUCUGUUGUUUUGGGCAUUAGAAUGCCUCGUUCGCAGCGUGACUCCCGGCGCCGGAGGCGUUCCACGUCGUCGCAGGGAAGCCGUGAUUCUUCUCAAGACGACAACCGCCGUCACUCGACUUCGAAGCGACACAGACGUUCUCUUGAAAAGUCUUCCUCAGUCCUUCAUUCUCGGAAGAUCGACUCCGGAGAAGAUGCAUCAAAUCCUCGAAUAGGGAAGGAAAUCGAGGAAGACGUAGACACUCAUCGAAGCACCAAGCCCAUCAUUUGGCGAGAAAAUUCGAAGUCUCGCCGUUCUUCCAGCCCGAAAAGCCAGAAAAAGCGUCAGCGGGAUCGGUCCAAGUCCGAAGAAAGUGGCAAAGGUAACAGGAAAUCCGUUGACAGAAGCAGUCCGAAAGCUCAUCAGCGGAAAUUAACCACUUACGACGACACGGAAUACUCGGACCACGGCUCACCAACACCUCCAAGAAUGCUAAGUCACGUUAAUAUACCCAACAAACCACCUCCAGUGGAGAAAGUACGCAAAGAACGAGACAUACUCACCACUAAAACCGGAGGUGCUUACAUACCACCUGCGAAACUGCGGUUGAUGCAAGAGCAAAUAGCAGACAAAUCCAGUGCUGCUUAUCAACGAAUCGCGUGGGAAGCCCUGAAGAAGUCCAUCAACGGUCUCGUAAACAAAGUUAACGUCGCUAAUCUUGGCAUCAUCGUGCGAGAGCUUAUGAAAGAGAAUCUUGUUCGUGGCCGUGGCUUGUUUUGUCGAUCUGUGACUCAGGCACAGCUUUCGUCUCCGACUUUCACGCAUGUCUACGCUGGUUUGAUCGCUGUGGUGAACACCAAAUUCCCCAACAUCGGUGAGCUGUUGUUGAAGAGGCUCGUUCUUCAGUUCCGUCGUGGAUACAAGAGUAAUAAUAAGCAAGUUUGCAUGAAUUCAUCUCGCUUCAUCGGUCACCUGGUGAACCAACAAGUAGCACACGAAAUUUUAGCGUUAGAAAUUGUGACGUUGUUGCUGGAGAAGGCAACGGAUGACUCAGUUGAAACGGCAAUCGGGUUCCUGAAAGAAUGCGGCCAGAAAUUGGAUGAAGUUUCCCCGAAAGGUCUUCGUGCUGUUGCUGACAGAAUGCGGCACGUUCUGCACGAAGGUGGCGUCACAGCGAGGACGCAAUACUUGAUCGAAAGCUGCUUCGCCACAAUUAAGGACAAAUUUAAGGAUAAUCCUGCUGUGAUUCAAGAACUUGAUCUCGUCGAAGACGAGGAUCAGUACACGCACUUCAUUUCGCUGGACGACGAAGGGCUGGAAGCCGAGGACAUUCUCAACGUGUUCCGCGAAGACCCCGAUUUUCUCGAAAAUGAAGAAAAAUACAAAACUCUGAGGAGCGAAAUCCUCGGGGAAUCAUCGUCGGGGGAAUCUGGUUCAGAUGCCUCCGGCGAAGGCUCAGACGAGGAAGAGGACGAAGACGAGGAUGACGAAGAAAAAACCACUACUAUAGUGGACAACACUGAGACGAACCUGGUGGCAUUGCGUCGACUCAUUUAUUUGACGAUUCAAUCCAGUCUGGACUUUGAAGAAUGCGCGCACAAGUUGAGGAAGCUGAAUUUGAAGCCCGGACAGGAGGUCGAAUUGUGUCACAUGAUUUUGGAUUGCUGUGCGCAACAGAGAACUUACGAAAAGUUCUUCGGGCUUCUGGCUCAACGGUUUUGUCAAUUGAACAGGAUCUACGUGGAGCCUUUUCAGAAUAUGUUUGGAGAAUGUUAUGAAACUUGUCACAGGUUUGAUACGAAUCGUCUGAGACAUGUGGCGAAGUUGUUCGCGCACUUGCUUUUUACGGACGCGAUUUCCUGGGGUGUCUUGUCGCAAAUUCGACUUGACAGCGAGCAAACAACGAGUUCUAAGCGAAUCUUCAUCAAGAUAUUGUUCCAAGAAUUGGUUGAAUACAUGGGGCUGCAGAAGUUGCACAACCGUGUUAACGAUCCCACGAUGCAAGAGGCCUUUAAGGACUUGUUUCCGAGGGACGACCCGCAAGCGACGAUGUUCGCCAUCAAUUUUUUCACUUCGAUUGGUUUGGGUGGAUUGACGGAAGAGCUCCGAUCCCAUUUCAAGACUAUGGAAAAGAAGCCUUCGAAACCCGUGGCUCCAGUGGCCCCUCUUCAAGCCUCGUCCUCCUCGUCUUCCUCAUCUUCCCUCUCGUCCAUGUCGUCAUCAUCUGGUGACGAAUCGUCGAGCAAGCGCCGGAAAAGCAAGAAGAAACCGAAGAAAAAAAAGAAGACGAAGAAAGCGAAGAAAGACAGGAAGUCGAAAAAAUCUGAUGACUUGUCAGGCGAAGAAGACGAGCAUCCUCCGGCGAAUCUUGCAGAAACCGAAGGCUUUCACGGUCGCAAGGGGGAAUACUGGGAACAAGUGGAGCAACUUCGACGAGAAAUGGAGCAAAAAAGCAAGGACAAGUAUUCCGACGAGAGCAAAAAGGACGAUCGUCGCUCCAAACGCCGUCAUAGGUCUGGCUCGAGUGACGAAGAGCAGAAGCAGCCUCGACGGAAAUCCCGGAGAGAACCGUCGAAUGACGACUUUGACGAUGAUCGUCACCGUGGCUUCGGUGGAUUGGCAGCUGUUGAUCCAACGCUGAGGAACAUGGAUAGUAGACGUCGUCGUCAGGGACGCCGGGAAUCCGGGUCUAGGGACCGAAUUCCAAACAAUGGUCUUAGGAAACGGGAUGAAGAAAGCGACGGUCGAAGACUUCGUUCUAGGUCGUCACCUCGGCGUGAAGAUCCGUCGCCGAAGCGGCGUCAGCGAUCUCCGUUGAAGGAUCGUGAACAACGUCGUCGCUCGGGAUCCGUCGAGAAAGUGUCGACGGACUCGAGACGUGAUCGUGGACGGUCUGUGUCGAAAGAGCAUCGCGAACCUGGGGAUAAACGACGUCUAGAGGAUGAUCGUCGUCGCAGUCGUCGUGACCGUCACGAUUCGGACGCCGCUGAUCGCAAAAAGUCGGACUCUGUUUCUGACAGAAAAGAAACGAGGCGUCGUGAGUCGGAGUUGCCGCCGGAAAGAAGGCGUCGUGAGUCUGAGGUGUCACCGGGAAGAAGGCGCCGUGAGUCAGGGGAUGCCGCACGAGACAAGCACACCUCUGACGCUAGUUCCGACUCUGAUGAACAUUCUCGGUCGCGUCGUUCGGACGUGGAGAAGAAGAAGAAGAAAUUGUCAGCGUCUCCGAGGAGAAAACCUCCGCGCGAUGAGGACAGACGACCUUCCCCUGUGGCGGAAUCUCGUCGUCGCAGUCGUUCUCCCGACGUGAUGCAGGAGAAUCAAAGUCGUAGAACCAACAGAGAUAGAUCGCCAGUAAACGUGGAUCGUCGCAGGCAAGCGUCUCCUCGUGGAAGAAGCAAUCGGAAAGACGACGUCUCUCCGAAACCUGCCGAAGAACCACGUCGUCGUCAACGUCGCUCUCCGUCUCCAGACCGUCGACUGUCCUCUCGGGUUGUCGAACCCGUUCGUGUACCUCAAGACGAGAAGAAACGCGUUUCCGACGAAGACCAGCGGAGGCACUCGAGUGUUGAACAACGUCGUCCUGCUCGUUCGAGUUCAAGCUCGUCCUCGUCGACGUCGUCCUCUUCUUCAUCGUCGUCAUCGUCAUCAGACGAAGAGAAGGGCGACGAAAAAAAGGACAGGGUUGUUUCAAGUUCGCGAGAAAGGCGGCCUUCACCUGACGAACGUUCUGCUGAAAAAAUGAAGGAGAAGAAAAAGGAGGGUGAACAACGAAUUGACGCGUCAGAUAAUUCGCGUCGUCAGCGCCGAAGAAGCGUGUCGGCGCCGUCGUCGCCAGGCAGAACGAGUGUCGAAGACGUCGAUGUAAAGCCGUUGUUGUCGGGGCCUCGUGGCCGCGAGUCGGAUUCGCAAAGGCACGUCGUUGGUCGUCGUCGUUCGCCGUCUUCGGAAAAACGGACGUCGUCUGCUGCUGCUCGGAGCCCUCUAAAUUCCGCCCGUUCUCCUUCUCCGAAACGGAUUGAUGAAGAAGAAGAAGAACGACGUAGUCGGCGUCAACGUCGGGGUAGUCGAGAAAUGGCGGGAGAGCGACGGAAUGAAAGUGACGGUAGGAGGAGGGAGAAGAGUUCCGAAUUGGAUCGCGAAAGACCUGAGAGAGGUGAUCGUCGUCGUCCGUCUCCUGACAAUCGCCGUCGUCGUCCGUCUCCUGACAAUCUCCGUCGUCGUCCGUCUCCUGACAAUCACCGUCGUCGUCCGUCUCAUGAAAAUCUUCGUCGUCGUCCGUCUCCUGACAAUCUCCGUCUUCGUCCGUCUCCUGACAAUCGCCGUCGUCGUGGAGACCGCAGUCCUGAACCCAGGAGUGUUGAGAGAGCUGAGAGAACACGCGCAGAAGAGUCGAAAAGCUCCAGGGCACAGGAGAGAAGUCGUCGCUCUCGUUCUCACGAUCGCCGUCGAGUUUCCCCCGGGGACACUCGUCGGAGUGAUCGCGACGAAGAUCAUCGUCGUCGCGAUAGCCGUCGUCGCAAAAGUCCAGAUGUGGAAGCCGAACGUCGGCAACCACGACGCGAUUCCCGUACUAGGAUAGACUCGAGUAAAAGCCAUCGGUCCCGAAGCACUGAAGGGAAAAUGUCGACAGGAGGCAGCGGAAAACCGACAGUUGUUUGUGCCCCUCGAAUGAAGACGCCUGUCGACACUGAGAGAGGCGAGAAGAGGAAGAAGAAGGACGCUGAUUCCUCUUCGUCGUCGUCGUCGGAUGAUUCAGAUUCGAGUUCGUCUUCGUCAUCAUCUUGA